CCAUGACACCACCACCGUGCGUUUGUCACGCAGCAGAACGCAGCAUAUGGCAGAGCUGUUUAUUGUUAAAUAUUAUUGAUACAUUCAUUGAUACAUUUGUGCUUCACAAUUAUAUAUUUUUUGAAAAUGGAAAGCAUUUCCGAUUUACAAGCAAGAGUUAAGGAACUAGAGAAAGAACUAGCAAAUGAACACGAAAAGUCGCAACCUAGGCCUAUGAUGGUUAGCAACCAAGCUCGGCAGCGAAUCGAGAAAAUGAGUGCCGAAGUUGUCGAUAGCAAUCCGUACAGCCGGCUGAUGGCCUUGAAGAGAAUGGGCAUUGUGCAUAAUUAUGAGCGCAUAAGGGAGUUUACUGUGGCUGUUGUUGGUGUAGGUGGUGUGGGAAGUGUCACAGCUGAAAUGCUCACUCGUUGUGGCGUUGGAAAGUUGCUGCUUUUCGAUUACGACAAGGUGGAAUUAGCAAACAUGAAUCGUCUAUUUUUUCAACCACAUCAAGCUGGUAUGAGUAAAGUACAGGCUGCAGAGAAAACUCUUCAAGAAAUCAAUCCUGAUGUUAAUUUUGAGACUCACAAUUAUAAUAUCACAACAGUCGACAACUUUAAGCAUUUUAUGGACAGAAUAAGUAAAGGAAAUUUGAAUGGUGAUGGUCCAGUAGAUCUUGUUCUUAGCUGCGUUGACAAUUUUGAAGCGAGAAUGGCAAUUAAUAUGGCUUGCAAUGAAUUGAGACAAAAUUGGUUUGAAUCUGGUGUAAGUGAAAAUGCGGUUUCCGGUCACAUACAGUUUAUUAAACCAGGAGAAACCGCUUGUUUUGCUUGUGCCCCACCACUUGUUGUAGCAGAGAACAUUGAUGAGAAAACUUUAAAGAGAGAGGGCGUUUGUGCUGCCAGUCUACCAACAACCAUGGGUAUAGUCGCAGGCUUCUUAGUUCAAAAUACACUCAAAUACCUUCUAGGAUUUGGAACUGUUACUCAUUACUUAGGAUAUAGUGCUCUCAAUGAUUUCUUUCCUACAAUGGCACUGAAACCCAACACUGCUUGUGAUGACAGCUUCUGUAGAAAGCAACAGAAGGUUUUCCAGGAGGAAGAGGCAUUGAAGCCAAAAGAAGAAAUCACAGAUGAGAAAGUUGAAGAGAUUGUGCAUGAAUCAAAUGAAUGGGGUAUUUGUUUAGUGUCUGAGACGAGUGAUGAAGAUCUAAAAUCAAAGCCGGCACCUGAGCUGGCAACUGGACUUUCAUAUUCAUAUGAAAAAUCUCAUGAAGUGGCUGAGGAGGUUGCUGUGGGAGGAGUUGGAAGUGAAGAGAUAUCAGUGGAGGAAUUGAUGGCACAGAUGAAAGCUCUAUAAUAUCUCACCUGUUCAAAAUAGAAAUGGACAAAUAAUUUGUACUUCAAAGCAGAAAAAUAUUUAUUAAAUAAUGGAGAAAUAUGGACACAAUGUCUUCUUGGUCAUAUGUCAGUUCAGCUAAUAUAUUUACAGUCCAAGGUAUUGGUUUUGUCUAAGAUGUAGAGCAUGACUUUCAAACCCAAAAAGGGGAAUUUUAACUAAAAAAUAACUAGUUUGGUUGUAAAGCAUCACUGGAUAAAUUGCCUUGGUUAAACAUGAAGAUCAUGACAAAGGCCUUCGUUUUUUGCAAAGUAAAUGUUCUUUUAAGAAUUUUAGCAGUACAUUUGUUAUAAUUGUUUGCUAUGUUACUGUCAUGUUGUACAAGACAAUAUUCUUUUUUUAUAAGAUAUUUAUUCAGAUACAAGCAAAUGUAUAUAAGAUUACAUGGGUGUUAAGUAGCUUCUUAAAAUUUGUGAAAUACACUCUUGCUCUGGACCAAACUGAUAUUAUUUUAUGACUUACCAUAGUAGCAGAGGUGGGGAAGGUGGGUGACAGUGGAGAAUUACUAGUUGGGGAAAAUAGGUAAAUUUUGACUACUUGAGUAUAUUAUUUUGUUUGCUCAGAUUUCCAGCGGGACCAAUGCAUUCUUAGCAUCACAUAGAUUGUUGUGUGGAAACAAAAUCAUCCUCUUAGAAAAUGGUUACAAACGUGUAGGUUAUGAUUUUAUGUCCAGCCAUUGGUGGCUCACUCAUUCACUUCUGUCCUAUGCAACGGUCAUCCAAUGGCGGUACUAGGAUUUCCCUGACAGCAAGUUGUACUUUAGCGCGCAGCACCAUCUGAGGGCCAUUGACUGUAGCCCCCCCAGCCACUGUUGUCAUCCACAAUGGCAGGCUUGGAAGAAAAAAUGUUUGUGUCUCUGACCAUGAAGGUUGUCUUGAUAAAAUGCCUCCACCACCAAGUAUUAUAUUAAAUUACCAAAUAUAUAGGCUGCAUAACCUAACAGUUUAAUUUUUUGAAUUUUUCCCCCCAAAUUGCCUCUAGGACAUUCAUGUAGCCUCCAACCACCGGUCAUGAGGUUACGCACUUUUUCCAGCUGUGCACGAUGGGAAUUGCCAGCAUGUCCUCAUAAUAAUUGUUUGGAAUUUAUUUACAGUGCUAUUAAUUCUGAAUCAGCUAAGAUAAAUACAGUAUUCUGAUUUCAUAUGCAUGUUAAACAUGUAAACAAUUCUACAGAUAAAUUAUGAAUACAUUUGACCAGCAUUUAUAGAAUAAAAAUAAUGGUCUCAA